AUGGAUCUAAAAUCCUGCCUUGUUGUGCUCCUCGUGGCCUUAGCCAUGGUGGCCGCAGUAGAGUCCUCAAAGAUCCACGAUGCCGCCUGGGGUCUCAAACAGCGCCACAACAAUGUGGGUGACAUGAUCGGAGAAGAAACUGAGAUGUUACUGGACUCCGAGGACGGCCGGCGUCAACUUAUGCAAGGCCGUUUCAUUAGCUACGAAGCCCUUAAGAAAGACAACAUACCGUGUGGCCAGCGCGGCAAAUCCUACUAUGACUGCAAUAACAGAAAUCAGGUCAAUUCUUACCGCCGAGGUUGUACUUACAUUACUCGAUGCGCCCGCAGUGAUUGA